AUGCCCUCGAUCUCAUCAACCUAUGGAGCCCUACUAAAGGGCGCCAUUGUCUCAUACAUACCAAACGGUCUCGCAGCUAGACACACUGUGGCAGAUAUUCCUAUCUCAUGCCUUGUGGCAUUUGUUGCUUUCCAAGGAAGCAGAGGCCUUCGAACAAAUCAGAUCUAUCCCUUGGACAUUCACUCGUCCACCAGAUCAUCCUUACCCAUUUAUGUGCCCAGUCGGCGGGAAGAAAUCAUCGUUGCUAUUAACACACGGCAGUUUAUUCCUGCGGGUAUCAUCCUGGCUUUCACCACGGAAUGGGUCAGCAUUUUCGAUCUCGCUACCUGGUGGCCACGGAGACGCGUCGCUAAUAUCUCAUUCAGAUUGCAGAUACCACGGCCUGAAAGUACAUAUCACCAGCUAUUGGCGCUGAUCAGCGCUUUUAUCUUCAUCAUCACGGACUUAGCGAUCGCGUUGUGCAUGUUCUGGUUCCUCUACCGGGCACAGCACGGCGUAGGCCAGCAGGCUAAGUACACAGUAAAGUCGUUGAUCAUUCUCGCGCUUGGGACGGGAUUGGCAAACAGCCUCAAUGCCCGAGAAUCGCUGAGGGAGCGCAUGCAGAGGGAACGGACGCUGGACGGGCUGAGCAAACUCGAGCAAGAUUGUCUUGUAAGGAAUACUCUGGGACCAAAUGGCGCAUCUUUACGUGCUUCGAGCUGGGGUGGACUGCGCUCUUUCCUGCCCAGCGAGUGGACCAGUAGCGCAAUAGAAGCAUCCUCAUUCACCUACGAGGCAACAAGGAGCUUUGGCAUCCUCGUGAAUCCACGAACUGUCCUCAUGCGUAGAGGGCCAAUAUAA